AUGGCUAGACAAACUGCGAUUGUUAUUGGUGCUGGCGCAGGAGGGGUCGCCAUCGCCGCUCGUCUAGCAAAGGAAGGGAUGACAGUAACUGUAAUAGAAAAGAAUGAUUUCAUCGGGGGAAGAUGCUCACUCAUCCAGGAGAAUGGCUAUAGGUUCGAUCAAGGACCGUCCCUACUUUUAUUGCCGGAAUUAUUCGAGAAAACCUUUCUAGACCUGGGCACAUCACUGGCAGCUGAAUCCGUUCAAUUGCUCAAAUGUGAGCCAAAUUAUCAAAUAUGGUUUGAUGAUCAAGAUUCUGUUGAGUUGUCAACAGACAUGGUCAAAAUGAAACGAGAGAUCGAGCGCUAUGAGGGAAAAGAGGGUUUCAAGCGAUUCUUGUCAUUUAUGAAAGAAUCGGGUCAUCAUUACCAUCUAUCCGUCACUCAUGUCCUGAAUAAAAACUUCCCCACCCUUUAUAGUAUGCUCCGACCUGGCUUUCUUCUAUCAACACUGGCUUUGCACCCAUUCGAGAGCAUUUACAGCAGGGCAAGCAAGUAUUUUGCCUCUGAGAAACUGAGAAGAGCAUUUACAUUCACAAGCAUGUAUCUCGGGAUGAGUCCGUUUGAAGCCCCGGGGACAUACUCACUGCUUCAAUACUCAGAGCUUGCCGAUGGAAUCUGGUAUCCUGUCGGAGGGUUCCAAGUGAUUCUAAGAGCGUUAGCCGACGUUGGAAAGCGCUUGGGUGUAGAGUAUCGCCUCAAUGCACCAAUUUCAUCCAUCAAGCUGUCCGAAGACGGCCUUUCAGCAACAGGUGUUUUAUUAACCUCUGGCGAGGUCUUAUCUGCGGACAUAGUCGUUGUGAAUGCUGAUCUCGUCUAUGCUUAUAACGAGCUUCUGCCAAAGACUCCCUUGUCUGAGUCGUUGAACAGGCGGCCCACAUCCUGCAGCAGUAUAUCCCUCUUUUGGUCGUUUGACCGCAUAAUCCCAGAGCUCCGCACGCAUAAUAUCUUUCUGGCCGACAAUUAUCGUGAAAGUUUCGACACCAUUUUCAAAGAACACGGCAUUCCUUUUGAGUUAUCUUUCUACGUCAACGUUCCCAGUCGCAUUGAUCCCACAGCAGCUCCACCUAAUAGGGAUGCAGUGGUUGUACUGAUCCCUGUCGGACAUCUAAUGGAGGACACAUUUCUGGGCAUAGACUUGGGAGAUAUCAUAUCUGAAGUCCGAGAGGCUGCUUUUGAUAUAAUUGAACGUCGCACCGGUGCCCAAGGCCUGCGUGAUUCCCUCCUAAAUGAGAAGAUUGAAACUCCCUUCAGCUGGAAAGAGAAAUUUAAUUUGAACAAGGGCGCCAUCCUGGGACUAUCCCACUCAUUCUUCAAUGUUUUGAGCUUUCGACCCAAGACUCAACAUGACAAAAUCAGUGGACUCUACUUCGUCGGCGCCAGCACACAUCCAGGUACCGGUGUUCCUAUUUGUUUGGCGGGCAGCAAAAUUGUAUGCCAACAGAUUUGUCAACGAAUCAACACAAGGAAGACAUAUUUGAAAGGAUUCGGAGCUUUUGGUUAUUUGUUAUAUGUGGUUUGGGCCGUUAUGUUUGUUUCCUUGUUUCACGAAUAUAUCGUCGCACGCUAG